AUGGCAGAUUCGCACGAUGCCUCUGGGACGACUGACGCCCGCUCAUCAUUGUCAGAAGCGGGGCAUGACCAUCACCAACACCACAAUGAUGCACACAUUCUGCCUUCACGUGGUAUUUCUCUCAAUCUAGCCAGUACAAAUACCACCCAUGGCCGCCCUGCUGCUGUCAAACACAUGUCCCUGCCGGCAUACCAGAGCCCCAUAAGACACCAUCAACGAACUCCCUCACGAACAACCACCGUCAAGGAAACGCUUAAUGCGCGAACACACUACGGCUCCAGCGACGAUGACGGCGCUGCUGUCCACCGAAUCAACCAAUACACCAUUAAGCAAGAGAUUGGCCGCGGUUCCUUUGGCGCAGUACACCUAGCUGUAGAUCAAUUCGGCAACGAAUAUGCCGUCAAGGAGUUUUCCAAAUCACGCCUGCGCAAGCGCGCGCAAUCCAAUCUACUGCGACGACCGAACCAGAAAAGACAGCCCUUUCACAGAAUGUCGACUUCGGAUAAACUUGCUCCACAAGCCAACAACUCGCUGGACCUGAUCAAGGAAGAGAUUGCGAUCAUGAAGAAGUUACACCAUAACAAUCUUGUUGCGCUGAUUGAGGUCUUGGACGAUCCGGAAGAAGAUUCGCUAUACAUGGUCCUCGAAAUGUGCAAGAAAGGCGUCGUCAUGAAGGUCGGUAUUGAUGAUCCAGCCGAUCCUUAUGACGAAGAGACAUGCAGAUGCUGGUUCCGCGACAUGAUUCUCGGCAUCGAGUACCUACACGCGCAAGGUAUCGUGCAUCGAGACAUCAAACCAGACAAUUGCCUUAUCAACGAGGACAACGUACUGAAGAUCGUCGACUUCGGUGUUUCAGAAAUGUUCGAAAAGGAGUCCGACAUGACCACAGCGAAAUCGGCUGGUUCGCCUGCGUUCAUGCCUCCAGAACUUUGUGUCGCCAAACAUGGCCGUGUUUCUGGUCGAGCUGCCGAUCUCUGGUCUAUGGGCGUCACGCUAUAUUGUCUCAGAUAUGGCAGGGUACCAUUCGAAAAGACUCAUCUGCUCGAGAUGUACGAAACCAUCCGCACUGACGACUUCGAAUUGCCCGAAGAGCAUAAUCCGGAUUUUGUAGAUCUCAUGCGAAGGAUUCUGGAAAAGGAUCCUGAACGCAGGAUCAAGAUGGAGGAACUCAGGGUUCAUCCGUGGGUCACCAAGAGCGGAGAGGAUCCUCUACUUUCUAUGGAAGAGAACUGCGCCGACAUGAUCGACACGCCGACUCAAGAAGAAAUGAAUAACGCCAUUACGGGCAAUAUGAAGCACCUUUUGGUUGUGAUGAAAGCUGUCAAACGCUUCAAGAAACUUCUGUUUCACAAGCGUCCAGAGUUGAUGGAUGGCAUAUUCGGUCGCGCAUCGAACAUAGUAGCGCCUCCUGGUAGUAUUGAAACGAAGCACAGACGAACACGCAGCAGUGAUGCCCACGACAGGCAACCAAUCGAGCAAGUUUUGGCAGCUGAGGGCAUUCAUCACGACAUCGUAGUAUCAGAUGAUAUGGUCUGCAGCCCUGGAGAAAUGGACGAGCCAGAUCUGAAUCCGAUACACGAUCAUGUUAAUUACACGAAUCACCCAGAUCAGGAAGCACAACAAGACUCGGUCGACCGCGCCCUGAAAGAAGCUCCGCACAAAGGCCAUGCUCACGACCCACUAUCCGAAACGACAUAUCUUGGCAUAGGCAUUGGAGGCGAAUCGUCUUCGCAACAUGCCUCAGAUGAGUCAGAAGAAAACGGCCAAACAACACACGUAGUCUGCGAAUCGCCUGGUGCGGUGGACAGCAACUUCUUCGAGCAGGCCUACCAAGAAGAAAUGCAACGCAUCCACUCUAGAAGAGGACGCACACCAACCAUCUACCUCACUCGCCGUGUCGAGCACAACAAGGAGAUCGCCGAGCAUGAGAGCGUCAUCCGCGACUCUUCGAAAUCUGCAUCUGAAGGUGCUAAGAGCAAGUGGGCUGGACUGGCGAGUAAAGUUCGCGGUGCUGAUGUUGCCGAAGCUGCAAGAUUGGUAGCUGAGAAUAAAGAUGAGAAGGAGCAACAGUGA